CAGAGAGCUGCAGCGCACAGACCAGCCGCCAGCCAGACACCGCCGAGCACUGCACAGGACAAGAUGCAGUCAGUUUCAGUUCCACACACUGACUGACAAAAGAGAAGGUCGUCAAGGAGUACCCAGGCAUGUCACGAGGUUGUCCAGUGGAUAUUUUACUUUUGAUGUGGACAUCGGACUGAUGGCUAGACCCACGAGUUGCGACAAGUCUACGCAGACUCCAAGCCCAACCUGCCAAGCCAUCUACCUUGCACGUCAAGCUCUGGCACAGACACCGCAUUCACAGACUCAUGGUAGAGACUCGACCCGACAGGCCACCGGUGUUGAAGAAAUGCCUCAACCCAUGCCCAUCAACAUGCAUGUGGAGCGGUUGAUUGGCCAGGAGCUCCGGAGAAUCGGCGAUGAAUUUGAUAAUCUCCACCGAUUACCAAUGGCCAGGAACCACAGAGUCCCCAACAAUGAGAAUGAACAAGGACAUUUCUGGCACUGGGGUAUCUGGCUCUACCUCUACAGACUCAGGAUCGGCAUCUGAACCUGUCUUCAGUUUUAAUUCUGCAAGAGAAGCCAGCAGCAGGAUUCGGAUCUCUCGACCCAGCAGAUGUGUAGCAUUUCCAGCAUUACUGAAUUAAAUGACAUUGGCUGGCUAAAGAUUCUGCUAUUUCGAUCCUCGCUUUCCUUCUUGGACUUUUUUUUAAAAAAAAACGUGUUUGCUCGCUCAUCUUUGACAUUAAGCUGCAUUUGUCAUAAGGAAGAAACAAUAAUUCAAACAUCUGAUAAUCUAUCAUUUCGUUGAGACUCGAAGCUUGUGAUCUACACGGACCUUUGGCAGGUGAAACUAUGUAAUGUGUCACAACCGUUUAGCAGUGGAUCAGCGCUUUUUCCCUUUCAAGCCUUGGAUUGUAUUUCACAAAUGUUUCCUGCAAUUUUUUGGAACCUGAGCCAGCAAGUAUCCAGGGCUGUGUCCAUUUCCCCAAAACAGAAUCAAAGUUGUUUUCCUAACACACCCUUAUUCAACUGAAAUUAAUUGGUGGGGGGAGGGUGGGGGGGAGUCAAAAGGAAACGUACAUGUGUAAGUUAUUUUGGUCAUAUUUAUUAGACAUAGAGAAUCUCUUUCUGCAUUUGUGUUCUUUUAUAUAAUUUCCUCCAUUCCAUCAUCUGAAGCCCCACUGAGCCAAAACUCUCUGUGCAAUUGUUUAUUUCAUGGCUUUAUUUUCUGCUUAAUGUUAUUUAAUUACUGUUCUUGUAGUAUCUAGGACCCAGUAUAUUUGUAGCAAACGUUUAGCAGUUCCUACCUUUUUUUUACAAUUUAAGUUUCCCUCUUUGCACUGAUCACUGUCUAUAUAACUGAAGGGGAAUUGAUACUUGUGCAAUAAUGCUGUAUAUAUGCUAUAAUGCUUUUGUAUACAACCCAUUCUUUCAUACUUUAAAAUUUAAAAAAAAAACAAAUAAACCUUUCUUUGCUAAA